AUGGCAGCCAGUAAGUCGACACCAAACCAAGUCAUCUUCAAGAAGAUCUCCCGGGACAAAUCGGUGACCAUCUACCUGGGGAAGAGAGAUUACAUAGACCACGUGGAUCAAGUAGAGCCUGUGGACGGCGUCGUGUUGGUGGAUCCGGAGCUUGUGAUUUUUUUGGCUUCCUGGUCUCUGUUUGUCUCUGUGACCUGCGCCUUCCGCUACGGCCAGGAGGACAUCGACGUGAUCGGCCUGAGCUUCCGCAGGGACCUGUACUUCUCGAGGGUCCAGGUGUUCCCGCCUGUGGGGGCUGCAACCACCUCCACGAAACUGCAGGAGACCCUGAUGAAGAAGCUGGGGGACAACACGUACCCCUUUCUGCUCACAUUUCCUGACUACUUACCCUGCUCGGUCAUGCUGCAGCCUGCUCCGCAGGAUACAGGCAAGUGCUGUGGAGUCGACUUCGAGGUCAAAGCGUUCGCUACGGACAGCGCUGAUGGCGAGGAUGAGAAAAUUCCCAGGAAGAGCUCCGUGCGCUUACUGAUCCGUAAGGUACAGCACGCGCCGACGAAGAUGGGUCCUCAGCCCCGGGCCGAGGCUGCCUGGCAGUUCUUCAUGUCCGACAAGCCCCUGCACCUCGCAGUCUCCCUCAGCAAAGAGAUCUACUUCCACGGGGAACCUAUUCCUGUGACUGUGACAGUGACCAACAACACAGAGAAGACGGUGAAGAAGAUUAAAGCAUUAGUGGAACAAGUGGCCAACGUGGUUCUCUAUUCAAGUGACUAUUACGUCAAGCCGGUGGCCUCGGAGGAAGCACAAGAGAAGGUGCCACCAAACAGCACGCUGACCACGACGCUGACAUUGGUGCCCUUGCUGGCCAACAACCGCGAGAGGAGAGGCAUUGCCCUGGAUGGCAAGAUCAAGCAUGAGGACACGAACCUUGCCUCCAGCACCAUCAUCAAGGAGGGCAUAGACCGGACCGUCCUGGGCAUCCUGGUGUCUUACCAGAUCAAGGUGAAGCUCACGGUGUCGGGCUUUCUGGGAGAGCUCACCUCCAGCGAAGUGGCCACCGAGGUGCCGUUCCGCCUCAUGCACCCCCAGCCCCAGGACCCAGCAAUGGCAAAGGAAAGUUUUCAGGAUGAAAAUUUGGUUUUUGAGGAUUUCGCUCGCCAAAAUCUGAAAGACUCAGGAGACCUCGAGGAAGGGAAGAAAGUCGAGGAGGCGGCUGUGGACGAGUGA